AACGUCUGGGGAGGGAAGAUCAAGAAACACGUGACAAUUUCGGAACGACUGGAUAUUACAAGGUUCCUUUGUCCUUCAUCAGCUCAACAUAGAUCAAAACCACUUAUAUACAAUCUAGUCUCUAUGAUCACGCACAGUGGUUCAUCAGUCGAAUCUGGACACUAUACUGCAGUGGCAAGAAUGUCUGGUCAUUACUUCGAGUUUGAUGAUGAGGUGGUUCGUCGCUUGUCAGGAUUAGAAGUUCUAGACACUGAUACAUACAUUCUGCUCUAUGAGCGUGAACCUCAUGUGGAACCUGAAGUUUCAUCAGCAUCACAGAAGAGUAAACGAUGUACCACAUCUACCAGAAGGAUGAAACCUAUCAGGAGAUACUUUUCUGGCAAAGCUGAUGCUUUACCGAUGCCGCCUGGUAAAGAUAAGGACUCUGAUGCGCUUCGUAUGCAGCAACCGGCUCUGUCACGUGAAUUACGACCUCAGCCUUCUCCUCAACAACAGGAACCGAGUGCCAAAAGAAGGAAGAUAGAAAUUCCAGUAUUGAAAAGGUAAAGACACAGAAAAUAUGAGUUAAGCCGUAGUCUCAUUUAAUCACUCUCUUCCAUAACAUUAUGUCAAAUCAUGCGCACACCCCCGAUUUUACUGCCGCAAUACUAAUUUAUUUCACUUGUAACA